AUGGAGGCCGUCCAGACUUAUGGUCGCAAGAAGAACGCCACAGCCGUCGCUUACGUCAAGCACGGUAAGGGCAUGAUCCGCAUCAACGGUCACCCUCUUGAGCUCCUCGAGCCCGAGAUCUCCGGUUCAAGGUCUACGAGGCCAUUCUCAUCGUUGGGUGGAGGCCAGACCUCCCAGGUCUACGCCAUCCGUCAGGCUAUUGCCAAGGGUAUCGUCGCCUUCUACCAGAAGUUUGUCGAUGAGGCUUCCAAGAAGGAGAUCAAGGACAUCCUUGUUGCCUUUGACCGCUCCCUCCUUGUUGCCGAUCCCCGUCGUUGCGAGCCCAAGAAGUUCGGUGGACCCGGUGCCCGUGCCCGCUUCCAGAAGUCGUACCGUUAA